UUCAUUUUCUAAUUUCCAUUACACUUGUUUUCAUAAACUUUUUUUUUUUUUAAUUUCAUAAAACUUCACCAAAGUCGUUUGCAGGUCAUAUGAAAAAAUGUCCAUGGCUUCAACCCACUUCAUCUCCUUAAAUUUCUCACUUCGUCCUUGUUCUUCCUCUCUUCUUAAUCCUUCCGAUGCUUGUUUUUCGUUCCCAAAAUGCCCUCCUAAGUGGGCCAAAUUUUCUACCCAGCCACUUGUGUGUUGUUCAUCAACAGACUGGCCUCCUGAAGGCUAUCGGAAAAAUGUUGGUAUUUGUCUCAUCAAUUCUUCCAAAAAGAUUUUUGCUGCUUCAAGACUCCAUGUAAUCGAAGCUUGGCAAAUGCCCCAGGGUGGUAUUGACGAGGGUGAAGAUCCAAAAGUUGCGGCUAUUAGAGAAUUAAGAGAAGAAACAGGAAUUUGCACGGCACAAGUUGUUGCUGAGGUUCCCUAUUGGGUGACAUAUGAUUUCUCCCCUGAAGUCAGAGAAAAAAUUAAACAUAUGGGUUACUUCUUGAAAGGCCAAGUUCAGAAAUGGUAUCUGUUUAAGUUUACCGGGAAGGAAGAAGAGAUCAAUCUUCAGGGUGAUGGCACUGAGAAGCCUGAGUUCGGCCAGUGGUCAUGGAUGACACCCGAACAAAUAAUUGAGCAUGCAGUGGACUUCAAGAAGGGUGUUUACAAGGAAGUUUUGUCAGUUUUCGCUCCUUAUCUUCAAUAAAUAAUUUUAUGUUAAAUAUUAUGAUACAAAAUUUUUCAUGAUGAACAAUGAUUUGAUAUCCUUGUUAAUUGUGAUUGACAAAACAAAUGGAUCAAUACUAUUUUUGUAAGGGGUGUCGAAACUGGUUAA